AAUAAAAAAAAAAAAAAUAAGUAAGAACUAAAAGACCCGUUAUCAAGCUAGAGAGUGGUAAGGGUGCAACGGAGUUGAAUCAGUAGUCUUUCGUUCGACAGGUGCUCUAACCCACUUCUCUUAAUAUAAUAUUUACAUCUCGAGUUAAAACAAUUCAAAAAAUGGCAUUUUGCAUCGAAUCCGAAAAGGAUUAUGGAUUUUUGUUAAAAAGUUUAAUUGCCGGUGGAGUUCUUUCUGGAUUGAAAGAAAUUAUUCAACGUGAACGAUUUACUGCUCUUUACAAAGGAAAUUAUGCUCAAAUGAUUAGAAUUUUUCCAUACGCUGCAACACAAUUUACUACAUUCGAAUCAUACAAGAAGUAUUUAGGUGGUUUAUUUGGAACGCAUACUCAUAUAGAUAAGUUUGUGGCUGGAUCUGCAGCUGGGGUUACUGCAGUCACAUUAACAUAUCCACUUGACGUAAUUCGAGCAAGACUUGCUUUUCAAGUUGCCGGAGAACAUCUUUAUGUAGGAAUCGUACAUGCGGGUAUCACAAUUUUCAAAAACGAAGGUGGCAUUCGAGCAUUGUAUAGAGGAUUUUGGCCAACUAUUAUUGGCAUGAUUCCAUACGCAGGAUUUUCAUUUUAUUCAUUUGAAAAGCUUAAAUAUUUUUGCAUGAAGUAUGCAGCAAAUUAUUUUUGUGAAAAAUGUGAUAGAAACACUGGUGGCUUAGUUUUAACGAUACCUGCAAGAUUAUUGUGCGGAGGUAUUGCAGGUGCUGUUGCUCAAAGUUUUUCUUAUCCGUUAGAUGUUACUAGAAGACGUAUGCAAUUAGGUAUGAUGAAUCAUAAUAUUCACAAAUGCAAUUCUAGUAUGUUACAGACUAUAAAAAUGAUAUAUAAAGAGAAUGGUAUCGUAAAAGGUCUAUAUCGUGGAAUGAGUGUUAAUUAUUUACGAGCUAUUCCGAUGGUAUCAGUUAGUUUUACAACAUACGAGAUCAUGAAACAAUUACUACAUUUAGAUACGGGACUAAAAUUCUAAUUUAUUUAAUCGGAACAUAUAUUUGCAAUCUAAUUCUUAUAUUUCAAUGUAUUAUUAACAAUAUGUAAUACUUUCUAGAGUCACUGAGACAUGAAUAUUUUUGAUGAUCUUUAUAUUGUAAGGAAGAUAAUUCUUUUAAUUUAAUUUAUUAUUUUUGUACAAUAAAUUUAUGCAAUAUUAUGAAUAUAUAAAAUAUGCGUGCAUUAAUAUGUAUUCGUAGUGGUUCUGCGAAUCUUUACCAUCAAGUUUCAUUCCUGUUGAUACAAGAUCGAAAAUUGAUUUCUAAUACCAUCGUGAUGGUACCGAUUUGUCUGACAUUACGACGAUUUUGAUGAAACGAACAAAAAAUUAUAUUUUAUUUAUGUUACUUGGUAAUAUAUUGCAUAUGCAAAAUUAGAAAAGAUUCUAAUAACGCUACUUGUAAUUAGAAAUUAUUAUUGACGUUUAAAAAUUAUUGAAGACCAAAGAUUGUGAUAUGACAGGGUAUUUUUAUUCAUAGUAGUUAGUAUUUUAAGAUUUUAAUGCAAAAAAUAUGAUAAUUAAAACAAAGAAAUUGUAAUUUCAGUUUUACGAAUAAAUUAUUUUUUUUCUAAUUACUACCUUUGAUUUAAGUCCCACGAUCACUAUUUUAUUAAUUACCAG